AGUUUGCUUUGGAUUCGAACAAGAAGAAAUCUUGCGCAUUCAGGAUGAUUUGACGGAAAGAGGAUGUUAUAAAAAGGGUUAGCGUUUGGAAAUUGCUUCGCUCUGCUCAAUACAGUCUCAUUCAAGCCCCCCAAAAUACCAGGGAACGGACGGCACCGGAGAAGGAAAUCAUCUAUCUGGACUAAAUCUUCAGUCACUCGGGAUUUAAAAUCGCCUGCCUACAUUACGGAAAAUAACCUCGAACAGCGGGAGAGAUGAAAGUUUUUCCGGCAGUGGUCUUAUUGGUCACUAUUUGGUGUCAGGAGUGGAAGCCCUUGCUUGCCGAUUCAAUCAUACAUAUCGGAGCCAUCUUCGAUGAGUCUGCCAAAAAGGACGACGAGGUGUUCCGUCUCGCCGUGGCCGACCUCAACCUGAACAACGAGAUCCUGGAGACGGAGAAGAUCACCGUCUCCGUGGAGUUUGUGGACGGGAACAACCCCUUUCAGGCCGUCCAGGAAGCAUGCGAGCUGAUGAACCGGGGCAUCCUGGCCCUGGUCAGCUCCAUCGGCUGCAUGUCGGCGGGCUCGCUGCAGUCGCUGGCCGAUGCCAUGCACAUCCCGCACCUGUUCAUCCAGCGGGCGCCGGCCGGCACGCCUCGCUCCAGCUGCCCGCCGACCGGCCGCGCGCCCAACGCCGACGACUACACGCUGUUCGUGCGGCCGCCCGUCUACCUGAACGACGUCAUCCUGCGCGUGGUCACCGAGUACACCUGGCAGAAGUUCAUCAUCUUCUACGACCAGCAGUUUGAUAUCCGCGGGAUCGAGGACUUCCUGGACCAGUCGUCGCAGCAGGGCAUGGACGUGUCGCUGCAGAAGGUGGAGGCCAACAUCAACAUGAUGAUCACCAGCAUGUUCCGCACCAUGCGCAUGGAGGAGCUGCACCGCUACCGGGACACACUGCGCCGCGCCGUGCUCUUCAUGAGCCCCGCCACCGCCAAGGCCUUCAUCACCGAGGUUGUGGAGACUAAUCUGGUUGCCUUUGACUGCCACUGGAUCAUCAUCAAUGAGGAAAUCUCUGACCUGGAUGUGCAGGAGCUGGUGAUGAAGUCCAUCGGGCGUCUGACCCUGGUGCGGCAGACCUUCCCCAUGCCCCAGAACACCACCCAGCGCUGCGUGCGCAGCAACCACCGCAUCAACACGUCCCUCUGCGACCCCAAGGACCCCAAGGCUCAGACGCUGGAGAUCACAAACCGCUACAUCUACGACACGGUGCUGCUGCUGGCCAACACCUUCCACAGGAAACUGGAGGACCGCAAGUGGCACAGCAUGGCCAGCCUCAGCUGCAUCCGCAAGGGCUCCAAGCCCUGGCAGGGCGGACGCUCCAUGCUGGAGACUGUCAAGAAGAAUGGAGUGACCGCUCUGACCAACCUGUUGGAGUUCAGCGACAACGGCACCAACCCCAACAUUUUCUUUGAGAUCCUGGGCACCAACUACGGGGAGGACCGCGGCCGUGGCGUGACCAGGCUGGCCACCUGGGACCCCGUGCACGGCCUGAACGGGACCCUAACGGACAGGAAGCUGGAGAACAACAUGAGGGGCGUGGUCCUGCGAGUAGUGACUGUCCUGGAGGAGCCGUUCGUGAUGGUGUCGGAGAACGUCCUGGGGAAACCCAAGAAGUACCAAGGCUUCUCCAUCGACGUCCUGGACGCCCUCUCCAACUACCUGGGCUUCAAGUACGAGAUCUACGUCGCUCCGGACCACAAGUACGGCAUCCAGCAGGCGGACGGCACGUGGAACGGCCUGAUUGGAGAGCUCGUCUCCAAGCGGGCGGACGUGGGCCUCUCGGCCCUGACCAUCACCCCGGAGCGCGAGAGCGUGGUGGACUUCACCACGCGCUACCUGGACUACUCGGUGGGCGUCCUGCUGCGGCGGGCCGAGCGCACGGUGGACAUGUUCGCCUGCCUGGCGCCCUUCGACCUCUCGCUGUGGGCCUGCAUCGCGGGCACCGUGCUGCUGGUGGGCAUCCUGGUGUACCUGCUGAACUGGCUGAACCCGCCGCGCCUGCCCAUGGGCUCCGUCUCGUCCACCACGCUCUACAACUCCAUGUGGUUCGUCUACGGCUCCUUCGUCCAGCAGGGUGGAGAAGUGCCGUACACCACCCUGGCCACGCGCAUGAUGAUGGGCAUCUGGUGGCUCUUUGCUCUCAUCGUCAUCUCGUCCUACACCGCCAACCUGGCCGCCUUCCUCACCAUCAGCCGCAUCGAAAACUCCAUCCAGUCUCUGCAGGACCUCUCCAAACAGACGGACUUGCCGUACGGCACAGUGUUGGACUCGGCCGUGUACGACCAGGUGCGCAACAAGGCCCUGAACCCGUUCGAGCGGGACCCCAUGUACUCUCAGAUGUGGCGCAUGAUCAACAGAACAGGCGGCGUGGAGAACAACGUGGAGGAAUCCAAGGAAGGCAUCCGCAAGGUGAAGUACGGGCGCUUUGCAUUUGUGUGGGAUGCAGCUGUGCUGGAGUACGUGGCCAUCAACGACGAGGACUGCUCUUUCUACACGGUGGGAAGCAGCACGCCAGACCGGGGAUACGGCAUCGCCAUGCAACACGGCAGUCCUUACAGGGACAUUUUCUCUCAAAGGAUUCUGGAGCUGCAGCAGAACGGGGACAUGGACAUUCUGAAGCUCAAGUGGUGGCCGCGGGACGGGCCGUGCGACAUGCAAGGGGCGAUGGGCGGACAGCAGCGGGGCAGCGCGCUGGACAUCCACAGCUUCGCCGGCGUCUUCUGCGUGCUGGCCGCCGGCGUGGUGCUCUCCUGCCUCAUCGCCAUGGUGGAGACCUGGUGGAGCCGGCGCAAGGGCUCCAGGGUGCCCUCCAAGGAGGACGACAAAGAGAUCGACCUGGAGCACCUUCACCACCGGGUUAACAGCUUGUGCACGGAGGACGACAGCCCUCACAAGCAGUUCUCCACCUCCUCUAUCGACCUGACGCCGCUGGACAUGGACUCCAUGCCCGCCGCGCGCCAGGCCCUCGAGCAGAUCAGCGACUUCCGCAACACGCACAUCACCACCACCACCUCCACCUUCAUCCCCGAGCAGAUCCAGACCCUCAGCCGCAGCCUCUCGGCCAAGACCGGCGGCGGCUUCGCCUACGGCUCCGUGCAGGACCACCGGACCGGAACCUUCCGGCAACGCGCUCCCAACGGAGGAUUCUUCCGCAGCCCCAUAAAGACCAUGUCGCAAAUCCCGUACCAGCCCACCCCGGAUUUCAAGAACGCAUUUUUUUGUGAGGAUUAAAAAUAUGAGACUAAAGAUUAUGAAAGACUAACGGUAUCACCCAGGAGGAUCAGGACCAUUGUGAUAAACAAAGAAAGUUGGGAACUUCUUUUUGUUGUUGUUUUUCAACAUGGAAAAAAAACACUUGAGGCUCCCUUUCAAAGAUCUGUCGUUUCUGUUUUCAGUGUGCUACGACGAGCGCCACGCUCAGUAACUCUCAACUAAUACCUCCAGACCGAGGUGUCGAUUCAACUCUGUGUGGCGUCCCUUUGACCCUGUUGCCCUAUUGACCUCUGGGCAGGGUCCCGUCUUGAAGCUCGUGAGACUCCAUUGAUUACCAAUGUACUGCACCAAUGCUCACAGACAAGAGGAGGCCUGUGAUCCUGGUGUGUUCUCACCUACGCUGUGACGUCUAGCCAAAUGCAAGACGCUGUGAUUUAAGAAAAAAAAAAGAAUAAUAAUAAAUAAAAUAAAAACGCUUUGAGACAAAGACUCUCAUCUAUAGAAAAAAAACAGACGGAGAAACAAUUCAAGUGACAUCUAACAGAGAAUACAGUUUAAGGCUGUUAUGUGUCUUUUAUUGACUUUGUUUUAAGUAUAACAAAUCUUAAAGCGUGGAAUGUGUUUUUGUUUUUUGUUUUUUUUUGGUCAGAGAGAUAAAACUAUGAUGAAAAAAGAUGAAAUUAUAAUAAUUGUUCUGAGCUGUCUAUUUUUUAUUUUCUUCUCCACUUUGGAAAACUGCUUGAGUGCCAUUGUCUUUCUUCAGUUUGCAUCAUGAAGUCACCCUAAGGUUGUUUUCCCGUGUCUUUAUGAUUUUUUUCUAGUCAUACCAGGGCUCGACAAACAAGCAUUUUGUACAAUAGUUUUUUUUUUCUUUUUUUCGUAUUAUUUUGUUGUUUUUUUGUAAUUAUUUUAAGUGCCACCAGCUAGCUGCUGUGUUCAGAUUGAUGUGUUGAGUUUGCAUCAUGACGAGACUUUUCCAACGCAUUAGUCAGACUAGGCCUUACAGAGGGAGGGCUUUACCUGUCCAGCAUCAGUCCUCAUCCCAGUCGUAUUGCCACCCGAGAAGAAGAGAGAACAUCGCAAUCCUUUUUCGGAGGUCACGUGAAAUCUUUUUCUGACUCAUUUCGUACAUUGUUAAGGGAUUAUACUAUUUGUCAAACUUUUUAAAAGUGCUAAUUUUCUCGACAAGUUCAUCCAGCUGUGGUGAGAUAAAAAUAAAAUGAAACUUUUUUUUUUUCGGAAAUGGCAAAAUCCCACCUUUUCACUAACACUGUAUUAAUAUUUAAUAUUUACUAAUGUUAGUUGUUUAGACAGAGCUUUGAGUUCAUUAUCUUCGGACUAAAUUGCAGAUGUUGUAUGUAGAGAACAGCAGCAGUGUUUGAUGCAAGCCUUCUAGAUGUAAUUUUCUCGAGCUAUGGCUAUCGAAUGACAAUAGGAAUCAAAGUUUAUUUAGUAUAAAUUUUACAUUUUUAUUUAGUAUAAAUAAAGAACCAUUUUAAAAAAAAAUGUAUAUUUUACAUGCGGAGGAUUUUUUUAUGGAUAAAAGAGAUGUAUAUCAUAAGAGCCUAGCAUUCAGUUAGCUGUCAUCGCACUCCACAAAUCCCUCUGACCCCCUCCUCAUUCUUACCACAUUCCAUUUUAUUUGCUUCAUUUAAAAAUAAGGAGGCAAGUUCUUUCCGGUAAAAGAAGCAUGCAGCACUUGCCAUGCCUGUAACAUUUUUAAUUUCAUACAUAGUAUGUACAGGAUUACUUGAUCAUUUUCAACUGAUUAUAAUGUACAGUAUUUAAUAUAGGCCUAUUUUGUUGUAUGUGUUGCAUAUUAUUCAAAACGGAACAAACUGAGGCCUCUGUUACAAGUGGCAAAGCUUUCUGUGUAUAAUUUGUCUAAUAAACAUGUUUUCUACAGUG